GCCCUGAAAUGGAAUGAAUGAUCAUAUAUUAUUAGUUUAUUGCAGGAAAUUAAUUUUUCUAUUGCAGUGGGUAAAGUCAGGAAACAACGUAUCCCAAAAUGAAUUCGACCAAAGAAGAAGUGGAGAAAUUUUUGGACAGUAACCCUAAUUUUGCCAAGGAAUACUAUGACACAAGACUACGAUCUGUACAUAUUGCUAACAUGCUGGGAUCUCAAGAAUCAAAUGUGGACUACAGUACUUUCCAGGAGGUAAACUGUGUUGAGGAAAGUGAAAUUAUUUUUGAGCUGAUUCGAGACAUGCAGGAUAUUAAUAUGGAAAAGACAGUGUUUAAUAUACUCAGAAGAAUUACAUUUCUCAUUCAUGCAGAUUGUAUGAGUUUGUUCAUGUACAGAUCCAGGAAUGGAACUCCUGAACUUGCCACUAGGCUAUUUAAUGUUCAAAAAAAUUCUGUUUUUGAAGAUUGUUUUGUUUCACCAGAUUGUGAAAUAGUUUUUCCUCUUGACACUGGAAUCAUUGGAUAUGUGGCUCACACUAAGAAAACAGUGAAUAUCCAAGAUAAAAAUAAGGAUGAACAUUUCUGUGAUUUUGUGGACACCCUGACAGAGUAUGAAACAAAAAGUGUUCUGGCAACUCCAAUAAUGAAUGGAAAAGAUGUAGUUGCCGUUGUAAUGGCUGUAAACAAAGUAACGGGAUCACAAUUCACCACCAAAGAUGAAGAAGUAAGAAUUUGUUUUGCUUUGUUUUGUACACAUUCUCGUUCAAAGGUUGCCAGUGUUAUUAUAUGGCUCACUGUUUCUACACCAGUUUAUGAAUCCUCUGGAGGACCAUGCAUCUUGUCUGCUGCAAAUGCCUGCCUGAUUCCAGUACUGGUCCGUUUCAUUUAUUCUCUAAGUAAAGGAUACAGAAAAAUCACUUAUCACAACUGGCGUCAUGGGUUCAACGUUGGGCAAACCAUGUUUUCACUGCUUAUGACUGGAAACCUAAAGCGCUACUACACAGAUCUAGAAGCUUUAGCCAUGGUGACAGCAGCAUUUUGCCAUGACAUUGAUCACAGAGGAACAAACAACCUCUAUCAAAUGAAAUCACAGGAUCCAUUGGCAAAACUUCAUGGCUCAUCCAUUAUGGAACGCCAUCACUUGGAAUUUAGCAAAACUCUGCUCCAAGAUGAGGAUUUAAAUAUCUUCCAAAAUCUCAAUAGAAGACAGUAUGAACACGUGCUCCAUCUGAUGGACAUUGCCAUCAUUGCUACAGAUCUAGCACUUUAUUUCAAAAAAAGAACAAUGUUUCAAAAGAUAGUAGACUUGUCAGAAACAUAUGAAAAUGAUGAAGAAUGGGUCCAAUUUAUGAUACUGGAAACAACAAGGAAAGAAAUAAUCAUGGCCAUGAUGAUGACAGCAUGUGAUUUAUCUGCAAUCACAAAACCUUGGGAAGUGCAAAGCAAGGUAGCUCUUUCUGUAGCAGCCGAAUUCUGGGAACAGGGUGACUUGGAACGAACUGUAUUGGAUCAGCAACCUAUUCCCAUGAUGGACCGAAACAAGGCUGCUGAACUUCCAAAGCUUCAAGUUGGUUUCAUUGACUUUGUGUGCACUUUUGUAUACAAGGAAUUCACCAGAUUUCAUUCUGAAAUUCAGCCUAUGCUCAGUGGCAUCCUCAAUAAUAGAAAGGAGUGGAAAGCACUGGCUGAUGAGCAUGAAGCAAAAGUGAAAGCCAUUGAAGAAGAGAAACAACGAAAGGAAGAAGAACUUGCAGCAAAACAAGCUAAUGAUGCUUCGCAAAAGGCACAAGGUUCUCAGUCUAAGACAUGCAAUCUUUUGUAAACUUCCACAAAUAAUUACUUUUGCGAGUCUCCACCAGCAGUAUACAAUAGAUACAGAGAUAGUAGGAACUGCCGAUGCUGGAGAAUCUGAGAUAACAAGGUGUAGAGCUGGAUGAAC